AUGUCGGCCAAAGAGGCGUUCAAGGCGUACGUGAGAGCGUACGAUUCGCACCAUCUGAAGACCAUCUUCGACGUGGCCACCCUCGAUCUGGCCAAGGUGGGGGCUUCUUUUGGCUUCAGGGUGCCACCUGCUGUCGAUUUGAAGGCAGCACCACUUCUGUGGCGUUCGGCGUUGGUGCCUAUGGUGGGCGUCGUCCUCAAAGCGACCAAAAGGCCUGCCCACGGAGGUGCUGGGCCCGCUCGGAGGUGA